AUGUUGCAACAAGAGAAGGAUUUCAAGGAACAUCUAGACAGUAUACAAGAACAGAUUACAAGAAUAGAUGAGAAGACAAACAGACAAGCAGCAGGCUCUGGUGAAAAUGAGAUUAUGAGGCUUAAGGUGGUGCAACCAAGCAAGUUUGUACAGAACACCAAGGAGCAGACAUAUAAGCAGUUUGUUGAGCAAUGUGCCAUGUGGUUUGCACACCACAUGAUUGAUGAUGACAGACAGAAGAUUAACAGUGUGUUGACCUUGCUCAAAGGCAGAGCACACACCAUAGUAAACAAUUACUACCAAUGA